UCCCCCCUUCCGUUCCGGGUACUGUAACUGCAGUCUCUUCCUCUUCCUGCUCCUCCCUGGGAAGUCUAGUUCUCCUUUGGCCAGAACUUUUCCCCCUGAGCGCGGCGGGGAAGGGCCUCCUCAGCCCUAGGGGCGGGGCCGGGUUAGAGUGAGAAGUCUCCCGCGGACCUUUAGGCCGCGUGGUCCGGCUGAAGGCGGGAGGAUGUCUCUGGAGGACCCCUUCUUCGUGGUGAGAGGGGAGGUUCAGAAAGCCGUAAACACAGCCCGCGGACUCUAUACCCGCUGGUGCCAGCUGCUGGAGGUGAAGCAUGUCAGCAAAGAGGAGCUGGACUGGACAACCAAUGAACUACGCAACAGCUUACGCAGCAUCGAGUGGGACUUGGAGGACUUGGAGGAAACCAUAUGCAUUGUGGAGUCAAACCCGCUCAAGUUCAAAAUCGAGCCCUGUGAGGUUGCAGCACGGCGUUCCUUUGUCAUGGAGAUGCGGGAAUCAGUCAAGGAAAUGCGGGAACAUAUGUCCAGCCCAACAGCACAAACAUUUCUGAAGAAAAACAAAGAGUCACUAAUGGGGAGCAGGGAAGGCUAUCACACAGAGGAACUGCUGACAGCCAGUUCACACACUUUGGAGGAGCAGCAGUUGCACCAGAAGUUGAUUAUUGAGGAGCAGGAUGAGCAGCUAGAACUGGUUUCUGGUAGCAUUCGCAUGCUGAAGCAUAUGUCAGGGCGAGUUGGAGACGAACUCGACGAACAGACUAUAAUGCUGGAAGACUUUGCCCAUGAGAUGGACAAAACCCAUAGCCACAUGGAUGAAGUGUUAAAAAAGAUGCCCAGAGUCUCCCACAUGUCUGGUGAUCGUCGUAAGUGGUGUAUCAUUGGCCUCUUGUUUGUCAUUGGUUUGGUGGUACUGAUUCUCUUCUUUGCUCUGUUGGAAUGAUGGAAAGGACCUGGGGAAUGGCUGCUAGCCCUACAUGAAACACCUGGAGGCACCCCAUGACGUUGGAAGUAAAGCCUCCCAGUGUGACAAGGAAAUGAAACACUCAUUUGAUGGGACAAUGUAGUAAUGGCUAAAGGCUCCAGCUAUGUGAAAAGGGAGGACUGGAUUCGAAAGGUCGGUGAUUUUCCAGAGAAAAUAUGCAGAAUUUCUUCUUGAUUUGAGACUGGGAUGAAAUUAUGCACAAUUGAAAAAUUGAGAUGUUAUUGCAAGCAAAAGCAUCAGUUCAAGUUGCCUUUCCUGUCUUUUCCUGUUCCCAUCUUAACAGCCUAGGAAGUUGCCCUCUUCCCAGACUGGUUAGUGUCAUUGCUGUUAAGGGUCCAUAUUCCUUAUACCACCCCUGUGAAUGGAAGCACUGGUGAAACACUGUAGAUUAAGCUGGUUGUGUUUCAUCUUAGCCAUAGCCAGAUGGGAACUGUGCCAGAAACGAGUGGGGCAAAGAUCUGCCUUACUUCUUAAAUUGCGAGUUUACUGAGGGUGGAGAACUGGGAUCCAGCUAAGUCCAAAGCUGUUGCCCACUGAUUAAGUGCUAAAAAUUAAUCGUGUUAAAUGAAAUGAGAAAUAGAGUGCAGUGCACCUUCUCUUUAUCAAAUGCCAACUUCCCUCCAGAACUAGACACAAUUUGUAAGAAUCCCAAACCUAGGACUCUAUGAUGUCUUUCAGGAUGCGCUGCUAGGUACUCCAGGCAGACUCAAUGGUCGGUUUGUUAACUCAAUCCCUUCUAAAGUCUACAUCUCUGCCAACGCUUAGAUAAAAGAAGCUACUCAUAUCCUCACUUAGAGAAUGGAGAUGUCUGUGUGACAGAUCAACUGUCACAUGCAUUUAGAAAUCAUUCUGUAUUUUUGUUUUGGGUGUAGGGACUUAAGACUUGCAGGAUUUUUAAAAUUAGAAAUCUGAAAUUCACCAACUGGAAUCUGGUAGGAAAAGUAUGUAUUUAUAAAUGUUUCCAAGUCUAGUAUUUUCUUUAGAUACGAGUGCUGAACAAAGUUCAAAGUUGUUGUGUGGCUCUGAUUUAUGGUAAACCUAAAGCAACAUCAUAGGGUUGCUGUUGGUGUUUUUGCAAGAUUUGGUGGCGGGGGAUUGCGUUUCAUCUCCCCAAGGCUGAAAGGGUGUGAUGUGAUGUGUCCAAGAUUAUCCAGUGGAUUUCCAUAGUUCAGCGAGAUUCGAACCCUAGUCAUGAGAGUCAUAGUUCAAUACUCAAAAUACUACAUCAGUCUGUCUUAGAUUCAUAAUCCUUCCACAAAGUUCAGUCCAGUUAUCGUAGACUUUUUUGUCAUGAUCAUUAUAUUAGGGUGGCAACAUAGGCUCGAUGGCAUUUCUUAGAUCUCCCUUCAUAGACAGAUCCCCCUCAAUCAAUCUCUCUCUCCCAUAGGAGAACUAUCACCCUGGAAGCUUUCAACAAUGGCAGUUUACUUCUGUGGUCCAUCUUUUGUGGUGGGGGUGGAGUGGGGGAUGUUUCCAUAUUUUUUCCAAAACCAGAAAUGAGCUUCUAGCCCACUGAGCUUUGAUUUCCCUGCCUUCUUUUGGUGCGGUGCAGCUCAGAGCAGGUCCCUGGAGUUCAGAACUUGCCCUUAAACUUACCAAAGUUACCCAUAGCAAUUUAGAGCUGGUUGGGAAGACAGAGAUGGAAGUGGCAGGAGUAGUCAUUCUGUACUGGUAACGUUAACAACUGGGACUCAAAAAACUAUAACACUCGCCUGUCAUUCCUCCAGAGAUUUACCAAUCAAUCCAGAUUUACCUUCUGCUCAUCCAUGUUAUAAAGAUGCCAAAAAACAUAAAUUAAAAACCUCUAUUUAAUACA